UUCCGAUGACCGUGAAUGCAGCAGAACAAGAUGGCGGCGCCCUGUAGCAGGAUGGCGAGUCGGUCUGUCUUGCAACUUCGGACCCUUUUUAUCAGGACAGCACUCGGAAAUAUGGGGCUUCGACCUUUUUCUGGCACUUCUGCUUGUCAGGCGACCCCAAAGACCAGAAUCGUGAUAGAAAGAGCGAGGUCUCCUUGGACUUUGAUGGCGGCGGUGUGUCUGCAGAGGCUUCCGGUCAUUUCAGCGGACUGCAACCCGAUAGAGAAAGACUUCAGAGAGAUGAUGCAGCAGAUGGAGUUUGAGAAGAGUUUGCUGUCAGAACACGAGCUGCGUCUACUGGAGGACGCUGAGAGACUGAGUCGAAAGCAGGCAGACGACUACGACUCGGAUGAAGAGGACGGCCACAGGGAUCAGGAUAUCGUGCUGGCUCAGGACCUGGAAGACUCCUGGGAGCAGAGGAUGAAGAAGUUCCAGCCGGUGGAGAGGAUCAGAGCUGAUGUAGAUAAGGACUUGACCUCUGCUGAGCGCUGCCUGGAUGACUCCCUGCUCCUCCUGGCCGAGCAAGAGGUCGGGGGUGAGAAGAUGUGGCUGCUGCCUCAGACUCAGUGGCAGGAAGGAGAAACGCUGCGGCAGACGGCUGAGAGAGCCCUUGCUUCACUGCCAGCAGCUGCUUUCAAGGCGACUUUCCUGGGAAAUGCCCCCUGUGGAGUCUACAAGUACAAACUGCCCAAAGCUGCUCGGACGGAGAGCACAGUGGGAAGGAAGGUGUUCUUCUUCAAAGCUAUUCUGUCAGACGGCGGUCCCCCUGCUGCUCCAAACGCUUCUUUACUGUGGGCGAAGAAAAACGAACUGCAGCGCUACCUAAAACCAGCGUACAUGAUGAAGGUCGAACGCUUUAUCAUUGGUGUGUGACGUCCAAGCACACAACAGAGACGCUAACUCCCAAGUACAAUAUUUAUGAGGCCCAGGAACAUCCUCUUGCGGCCUCUCUGUUGUCGUGUAUCAUCAAAUGUUCUUCUCAUUCAAUAUAUAUGUUUCAUUGUGUUAAUAAAAGUUUUCCACAAA